GCUGUUUUCAGUUUAGUGUUGCAAAGUGCUGGCUACGGUUGUUUCGUGUACGCGUUCUGUAGUGAAUAAAACAAAUUUUAUGAGGCAAGAGUGCGGAAACGGAUGUGUACAAAGCAAUAACAACAAACCAAUAUAAAAGAACAAGCGCAGAAGAAGUGUUUUUUACAUAAAAGUGUCACAGAUACACAUUUAUACACAUAAAUAGUUACCUUGCAAAAAUAUACGUAUCCAAAUGCUUUCAAUCCGCAAAAAACCAAGUGCUGUUAAUGAAAAUUGAGAUAUACAUAAAACAUAAAAAAGAAAGAAAAGUAAUAAAAAGUAAAUACAAACAAAUAUUACUUACCUACAUAAGAGGUCAAUCAACUAAAUUUAGUGAGACUAAAAAGCAACGGAAGAAGCAGCUACGUAUGUAUAUUGCAAAGUAGCUGUAAUCCCGAGACCACUUGUCGCAAACGUGGGCCAGACCUUCCUAUAGACCAUACUGUAUCCAACAACCCGCUUUCGCAGACGGCGCACAGUGGUCCAAUGUGCAAAGCUAGGGUGGGUGUGACAGUGAAACGAUUUGAGUCAUAUUAUCAAUACACACGGCAAGAGUCCAUGUAUCAGAUGACGGGCCUGUACUCGGAAACGAAUACCAGCGGCGAUGAUAGCAGCGUCGAAGCUGCCACACAGGACUCUCAGAUCAAUUUGGGUGAACUGACCGGUUGCAGCGGCGGCUGUUUGGCGUCGAGCGCGAAUAAUACCAACACAAACGCCAACGCGUUGUCGCGUGCCAGCACCUGCAAGUGUCACAAUAAUUAUCAUUACCACCCAUCAACACAUCAGAACAACCAUCAUCAUAAUCAUCAUCCGCACCCACACAAUAACAGCCAGCAUCAAACCACGUCCGGCUGUGGCAGUGGUGGAGGCGGCGGGGGUGGCGGUUGUUGCAACGAGACUCUGGCGAAGAGCCACAGCCGGCAACCGUCUGCGAAUAUUGCUGUGGGCGCUUCCAAUGGCGCCGGCAGCAACAAUAAUGCAACUGCUAUGCUCUACGAUUCUGAAUAUGAGAAUGAUGACGAUUUGCAAUCACGUGAUUGUGGUAUACUCAACUAUAGGCCGCGUCGUAUACAAAAAUUCGCGCGCAUCAAAGUGUUCGUUCUGUUAUUGUCGAUUCUAGUCACACUGCAGCAGGCUUUGAGUUCCGGUUACAUAAAUUCAGUUAUUACGACGAUUGAGAAACGUUUCGAGAUACCAUCAAGUUAUUCUGGACUGAUAGCCUCAAGCUAUGAGAUUGGCAAUGUGAUAACCGUAAUAUUCGUGAGCUAUCUGGGUAGUCGACGUCAUAUACCAGUGUGGAUUGGAAUAGGUGCCGCCAUUAUGGGCAUAGGCUCGCUUGUGUUCAUGGUGCCCCAUUUCACUGGUGAACCAAAUCCCGGCGUUGCCAUAAUGAAUGAUUCCAGUGACAAUAUAUGUCGUAGUGCGCUGGUGCGUGACCAAGAUAUGGAUUUGGGUAGACUAUCGAGUGGUCUAUCGAAUCCACCAUUGGCGCCACAUACACUACGCGAAGAUAAUUGCCUCGAGGGUAAGUUGUCUACGUUCGGGCCGGUGUUACUCUUUGUCAUUGCACAACUCCUGCUGGGUUGUGGCGGUAGUCCACUAUUCACACUCGGUACUACUUAUGUGGAUGAUCAUGUUAAGACAGAAAGUUCAUCGAUGUACAUUGGCUGUAUGUACAGUAUGGCAGCAUUUGGUCCGGUCUUGGGAUUUCUGCUCGGUGCUUACCUAUUAUCGUUUCACAUGGAUUCACUAUCGUCCACUAUUAUAUCGAUAAAUCCCGGAGAUCGACGCUGGGUUGGCAUGUGGUGGGGUGGUUUCCUGCUAUGCGGCGUUCUACUGCUGAUUGUGGCAGUGCCAUUCUUCUCUUUUCCUAAGGUUCUUACCAGCGAAAAGAAGAAGAUACGGAAAAGCUCGGUGAUGCAACCUGCUGUGCCUAAUAAUUCCAAUAGUCUUCCACGUGGCACUGAUCCUGCAGGUAAAGUGAAAAAGGAAAUAGUGGCCGUGAAUGCGAAGGAAGAUGACGAACCGCAAGUGGAUACCGGCUAUGGGAAGGAUAUAAAAGAUAUACCCCAAUCCAUGUUGCGACUUGUCAGCAACCCCGUUUACAUCGUGACUUGCCUGGGCGCGUGUAUGGAGUUGUGGAUUGUAUCCGGUUUUGUAGUGUUCUUGCCAAAAUAUUUGGAAACUCAAUUCAGUUUGGGCAAAAGUCAAGCUAGUGUAUUUACCGGUUCCAUUGCAGUGCCCGGCGCCUGUAUUGGCAUUUUCAUAGGUGGCUGUAUAUUGAAACGUUUUCAGCUGAAGCCCAAGGGUGCGGUGCAAUUUGUUAUAAUUUCUAAUGCCAUCUGCCUUGGUCUAUACGCUAUGCUAUUUUUCCUUGGCUGCGAUAAUCUGAAAAUGGCUGGCACUACGAUUCCCUAUUAUCGCAGCGCUAAAAAUGGUAUCAUCGAACCAUUCCAAGUAAAUCUCACAGCGGCCUGCAAUUUCGGCUGUGAAUGUCUAACUAGCGACGUGGAACCGGUUUGUGGUAACAAUGGGCUGACGUACUUUAGUCCCUGCCAUGCGGGCUGCACUGCAUUCUCAUCCACUUCUAACUACACCAAUUGUGCUUGUGUUCACUCGAAUAUAUCGAGCAGCAUUUAUAUGGGCGCUGGCGGCAGUCAAGCUCAAGCAUUGAAUGCCAACGAAGAUUUUGCCGAAGUAACUGUGGUUCCUGUUGCAACUGCCGGUCCAUGCGCCACCCCAUGCCGCACCAUUUAUCCGUUCCUUAUAUUACUAUUCUUUAUGACCUUCAUUGUGGCCUCUACACAAAUGCCAUUGCUAAUGAUUGUUUUGCGUUCAGUUUCGGAGGAGGAGCGUUCCUUUGCGCUGGGCAUGCAAUUUGUAAUAUUCCGUUUAUUCGGUUACAUACCGGCGCCCAUACUAUUUGGUAAUCUCAUUGAUUCAACGUGCUUACUUUGGAAGUCAACAUGUGGCGAGAAGGGUGGACGUUGCUUAAUCUACGACAUCGAGAAAUUCAGAUAUAAAUAUGUUGGUCUCUGCGCAACUGUAAAGAUCGUUGCUCUUGCAAUAUUCAUCGCUGAUUGGUGGUUGGUGCGGCGAAGAAAGCAGCUAGAGAAAUUAAAGCCUAUCAGCGCGAAUGAUCCGAUAAUCGGAUCUAUAAUUAGUUUGGAUAAAUUAUUCGAAGAGAAAUUGGCGACAAAUGAGACGAAUCCAACAUAUGGAAGUAACGGUGAGAUUAUACUCACAUCGGAUGUCGUGAGGCACUCCAGAAACGAUUCACGCACUAUACAAUUGGAAUAUGGCUAUGACAAGUGCAAUAAUGCCAUCAACUCGUCGGGUCUUUCAACACCACAAACUAAAUCAAAAAAGCACUUCCGCAGCGCAUCGUGUGAUGUCAAAAUGAUACGCAGCUUCUCUAAGGAUCAAAAUAUCACAACAGGUCCUGCUACAACAGACGCUGGCUUACAUGAGCCCAUGAAGAUCAAGAGCUUAAAACGGUUUCAAACACAUUCCCGCAAUAAUUCCAGCGACUUAAAUAGUGAUUUCCGCAACAAACUUACCCAUUCACGCACAAAUUCUCGCGAUGAUGCCGGUGUUGGCGCACUAAAUAUACGCUACAUACAAAAUCAGCUCAAGCCGCAAGAGGACGAGGAGGAUGACGACGAGCUGACGACUGGCUGCGGUCAUUUCGUCAAGAAACAUUCACGCAAUCAUUCCUACGAUCAGAUUUAUAUGCCCAAUAAUAUACGUUUUGAUGCCGAUUUCUUUCGGAAUCAUCACAAUAAUAAGAAUAAGAAUGUGAAUGUGCUAAAGAAUGUGAAUAGAGAAGAGAAUCGCGUGAAGAAUUCAAAUGAACUGGAAGCGGCAGCAACAGCGGUCAGCUCACGCGGCCAUUCACGCAAUAAUUCAAAGGACUUGAACAUACGCACAACUGCAACGUCGAGUAGUAGUGCAAACGCGAUUGGCGGUAGUGUCGGCGGCGGCGGUGGUGGUGGUGGUGGUGGUGGUGGUGUGGUUGGCGCAGCGCACAAUGUCGCCGAGGCGGCGUUAAGUAUACUACGCCAUCGGCGUACCAACUCCAAAGACUUAAAUUACACGCUCUGCACGAGCAAUGAACGCAAUGAGCUGGGCGGUAGCACUGCGUGCAGCAGUAAUGCGUCAACGCCAGCGCAUGGCGGCGGCGGCGCGGCAGCGGCAGCCUUACACUUGAAACACGCACAUGCGCGCAAAAUCUCUCAUCACAAAAUUCAAAUCGACGAUGAGCGCAACGAGUUGAUGGGUACAACGCGCGACGAUGAGUGUGAAGCGUCGGCGGCGACGACGCUGCCCACGAAUGAGAGGCGUAGUGAAGCGCAUAAUGCGUCGCCUGCAACGAGCCGUAAAGAUGUGGAAGCUUUGCGUUGAAGAAUUUAAAUCAGUUAGAAUACUUAUUUAGAAAUGCUAUAAAAAUGGAAGUUUUCUAAUUUUCUAAAAGGAAAUAUUAUAAAAAAAAUAUACAUAUGUAGAUGCAAGUGAAUUUUAUAAGUUAAAUGGUAAAAAAUAGUUCACUUUUGAAAUAUCGCCAAAAUAUCUCGUAGACUUUAACUUGCAGUGCUUAAUCAGCUCAGCUUUGGUAGGAGUUGCACGCCAAUGUUUCACUUCCUUUAACUUUUGUCAUUCCUAAAAAUUAACUCUUUCUUAGUUUGAUGGUUAAAGUUUUUUAGGAUAAAGUAUCGAAAGCAAAAUUGUACUUAAAUUAAUUUUUUCUUGCUCUAUUUUAGGAUGAAACACACAUUAUUUUGUAAUAAUCAGUUAUUUAACUUCAUAUGUAUGUAUGUACAUAUUUUUGUAUUUGCCUGCCUAUGAACCUUUAUAUUCAAGCUUAAAAGGAGGAGAUUUACUGGUAUAUUUUGUCAACUCGCAAAGUUCUAGGGCCUUUAGCAAUGAUGACAGCUUUCAUAUUUCUAUUUACUUUGUGUACACAGUGAAUUAAGUUUGUACAUUAGGCAUAUGACUUUUUUAAAAAUAAAUAUACCUAUGAGGAGAUGAUGAGGAAUAGUGAAAUCCAAGAAAAAUAUCGUUUUUGUCAAAAUUUGGUACAAAAAGUUCCAGGAGGGAAGUUUUAGAAAGAAAAAAAAAUUGUGCUGAAAAAAACAUUAACCCUUACAUAUGCGUGUUUGCAUGAUGUCGGACGUCACAAUCGUACGACCCUAGAAUAAAAUAAAUCAUAGGAAAACGUAAGUCACUUAUAUAUAUACACCGUUACAACCCAUUUAUAUUUAAUAGAAGCAAUUCGUUGUUGGUUUUAUUUUGAAUUAGAAUGUGAUAACGGACGUAACAUUCGGACGUGGCACUUUAAUAUUUUAACUAAUAAUACACAUUUGAUUAAAUUUUUAUUUAAUUUUUUUCAGUUAUCUCUCGUUGCGCGUUUUCAUAAACUUUUUUCGCCAUCUGAAUAUGAAAUUUAAAGUUAUAAAGUCAUUUGAACCCAUUUACUUGCAUUUACCGUUAUAUGGGAGGCGAGCUUAGUACUCGUCCGACUUCGCCCAUUUUCAAUACCAGCCUACCUUUUAUUUACCAACCUACAUUAUGUUUUACUAUUUAUGAAGACGGUGGUUUUAUUUUUCUGCAGACAAAAAAAACAAUUGUCGAACAUAUUAUGAAGAAAAUGCAUACCAAAUUUUU